AUGAACUUCAUGGGCAGAAAAAGCGACGUCAAGCAAGAAGACGUGGCCAACGUCCCGCCGGAGCUAUCAGACCUGCACUGCUUCACAGAAACGGGCGGCGUCAUCACAACCAGGGCAGCAAUGUUCGACAUCCCCGGCUACCGCGUUACCCGCACCCUAGGCGCAGUCUACGGCCUCUCGGUGCGCUCGCGCAACAUCGCCGCGAGCCUGGGCAUGGUGAUCAAGUCGCUUGCGGGCGGGGAGCUGCGGUGGUUCACGACGAUGCUGUAUAACUGUCGGAACGAUGCGCUGGGGAGAGUGGUGAGCGAGUGUAAGCAGAGGGGGGGCAACGCGAUUAUUUGUUUAAGGUUCGAUGCGUCGGAUUUAGGCGGGUUCGCGCAGACGUGUGCGUAUGGGACUGCGUGUGUCGUUGAGAAGGUUGAGGGAGGAGAAGGGGUUGCGCCGCAGCUUGCGGGGAGCUGA